UUUGCUUGUACCGCUUGUCAAGCCGAAGCGGUUUUCGGUUCAAAACAUAAACUUUCCGCAAGCGGACCAAACGCUCCGGGAUUACUUUCUUCCAAUUGGAAUUGCGUUUUUUCGCGUGUACAGCAGAACGAUGUUUUACCAUAUAUCGCUGGAACACGAGAUUCUGCUUCACCCAAGGUAUUUUGGCCCGCAACUAAUCGAAACGGUCAAACAAAAGCUUUACACCGAGGUCGAGGGCACUUGUACGGGCAAGUACGGGUUCGUGAUUGCCGUCACGACCAUCGAUGAUAUCGGUUCCGGUACGAUACAGCCGGGCCAAGGAUUCGUGGUGUACCCGGUCAAGUACAAAGCGAUCGUUUUCCGACCGUUCAAGGGUGAGGUGCUGGAUGCGACCGUCAAGCAAGUGAAUAAGGUGGGGAUGUUUGCAGAAAUUGGACCUCUGUCCUGCUUCAUCUCGCAUCAUUCCAUCCCGGCCGAUAUGCAGUUCUGUCCUAAUGGUGCUCCCCCGUGCUACCGGGCUAUCAAUGGGGAGAGUGUUAUAGCGGCAGAAGAUAAAAUACGGCUCAAAAUUGUCGGUACCCGUGUAGACGCGACCGGUAUUUUUGCGAUCGGAACGCUGAUGGACGAUUAUCUUGGCCUGGUAGGCAGCUAAUCAUGUAAGGGAAUUAGUCAACGCCGAAAACUGAAGGACGAUAUGUGUUUUAAGAUAUGCAUUUGUACGUAAUAUUAAGGAUCAAAUAUAUGCACCGGAAAGCAAGCUUUGCGGACACACGUAA